AGACAGGGGCUGGAUGCGAUGGGAGGGAAAGGUCUAUAAAUGCAGUUUAGGAGAGCAAAGCUGCACCCAUCUCAAACCUAGUCCGACCAAGAAUUAGUGUUCCUCGCUUCCAUCAUUUUAUUAGCUCUGCUGGAAUCUCACCAUGGAAAUUCCCAUCCAAUACCCCUGGUACCGCCGGGCCUUCCCAAGCCGCUUCUCUGACCUCUCCUUGGCAGAACCUCUCACUGACUGGCCAAUGAUGUGGCCCUUCUCCUGGUCCUUCCCAUGGAUACGCCCUUCCUUCAUGCGCUGGUUCAACUGGCCUGAGAAUGGACACAGUGAGAUGCGCAUGGAAAAGGAUCGUUAUGUUAUUUAUCUGGAUGUGAAGCAUUUCUGCCCUGAUGAGCUGUCUGUCAAUGUUAGUGAUGAUUUCAUCACAGUACACGCCAAACACGAGGACAGACAGGACGAUCACGGCUAUGUGUCAAGAGAAUUUCUGAGGAAGUACAGACUUCCAUCUGGCGUGUCAGUGGCUGACGUCACCUCCAGUCUGUCUGUUGAUGGUGUGCUAACAAUCAUGGCACCUCGAUCAUCUCCUGGACCAGAGCGCCCUAUUCCUAUUUCCUGUGAUGAUGGAGCACAGAAACAGAAAAUGUAGAGGAGAAUCUGACAGCCCUGACACUACUUUACUACUAACCACAACUGCUACCUGUUUUUAUAUUUAACCUGUUAUAGUUGUGUUGGCAUUUGAGUACAGAGACAGGUCAGGCCUCCAUGUCUGACAGUGCAAAUGUCUUCUAAUAGCCCAGCUAACUCCUAGCUUGCAAUUAUUUUUGGUGUCUCAGCUAAACCGUGGUGCUUUACAGCCACUGGCUAAAACACUGAACCUAUUUAAAAGAGUCUUUGACAGUGCAUGUGAGUUUAAUACAGACACACUGACAUGAUUUGCAAGAUAUAGAGCACAUGAGAAUCAAUCUAACAGAUCUACCUUCAGUUCUACCAACAUAUCCACACAUUUAGCCAUUUUUGCCUAACACAUCACUUCCUUUCAUCAAGAGUUUGAAUGUUAAACCAUGUGCCCCACCUCUAUGCUUUAAAGAUUAUAAUGUAAGCAUUUAAGUGACAAAACAGGCUUUCAGCUCUUCUGAGAGAACAGAAAAAAAUGCAGGCUGCUUCUGAAAAUUCUUCUGUUAUGAGAAUAAAGCAGUCAAACAGAACUGUAUCUACAGUGCACAGCACUGAAUGAGUAGGUAGGUAUGAGUAAAGAUGUCAACUGUGCUCGUUUUCCUCAGUGAGAACAGCAAUAGUUUCUGUAUGUUUGAAGAGAAGGUUAUAUAGAGGCAUUUACAAUCAUUUUUAAUGUAUUUGUUUAAAAAAGGCCACAGAAGGACUUGGGACCAGGUGCUCUGUUGUGAGGAUGAAUGAGCAGGAGGAGAAACGUGGAUAAAAUGGAUGAGCACAGAAAAUGAUGUUUUGAGGUAGCUCCUUUUUAAGUGGGGAUCACAACCUCUGAGCUGCUAAGGAUAGUGUGUAUUAAUGUACUGUAAGUAACAGUGAGUGCAUUUGUACUUGUAGAUGCAAGAAUUACAGCCCUAUCACAUUGUCAACAACCCUCUGAUAUAUUAACACAAAAAACAAUAAAUAGAAUAAAUGUUGAAAA